AUGAAGCUUCGCCGGAAUAAAGUGGAAGUCUUCCCACAAGGAGAUGGCGGAGGACAACGCGUAUUACCUACCGGUAGUACAAAAAAGCGGAGUAGAAGAAACCGCAAAAAGUUGGAUACAGAAGAAGAGAAGCGUAAGAGAGAAGAAUUUUUGCAAUCAAUGAGACUUGCCAUGGAAUUGAGAGACAUUGCUGGUGAAAUGGCUUUCAAUGCAAUCUGUGGAGCAAUUGUUCAACUGGAACAUGAGAAGGAUGAGAAUGUUGGCGAUGACAAUGUGAUGAAUAUUUUGUCUGGAUACACUGCAUCAGUAGAAAAGAAUCGUACCGAGAAAAUGUGCAGAGGAAUUGCUCAGUCUGUGGUUCUAGACACGAUGGAUAUUAUUCGCAGAAAAGAAGAGGAGAAGCGUGAAAUCACUUCCAUUCUUCAAAAAUACAAGAAAAAGGCCCCAGAACAGGAUUUACUUCUGCCUUCAACAUCCGAAUUGAUUCCAAUUGCAAAGACGGUACAACCAUUUGUUGCAGCCACCAGGAUAGAACCUGAAUUCUCUGGAACUUUUGCGGAGUUUUCAGCUCCGUUUCCAACUUCCAACACCAAUGUUCGAAAGACAAGGAAACGAGUGGCUUUCAAACCUCAAAUGCAGGUUAUUACCCGCGAAGAAGAGGAGGAGUUGCUGAGAAAGGCAACUGGAAAAUGUCCUCCCAGUAAGGACAGAAAGCGGCAAUAAUCCAGGAUAUUAUAUACGGCGGCACGUCGAAUUUUGAUUGUGCUAGUCGUGAUUAUUUUAAAAAUUUAUUUUGUUAUGUUUUAUGUAUUUUUUGUACGGCAAUAUUCCCAACAUCCUAACGUUAUAAGUUGUUUAUAUUUUUUAUGUAAUUUUUCAAAAAGAUUUACCCCAUCUGACCCGUCAUUUGCCUUUUGAAAGUGAUAAAACGUAUUAGUUUUAUCGAAGCUCCCAAUCACGGUUAUAUUUUUAUUUACCUAGAAUUUUGAUAUUUUCACAUAAGAAAAAAAUGUUUAUCUGAGACGGUAUGACAAUACAACUCAACAUUUUUGGUUGCUUUGUUACAGUUAUCUAUGAUCCUCACCCACCAGUGCGCCCCAGAAUUGGUUACACGUCGCAUAUGUGCGUUUUUUAUGAUUCUUUAUAACAGUCAGAGCAUUUUAAACAGGUUUAUCAUGGCAAAUAUUUUUUACAAAUUUUAUAGUCAACGAAUAGAUUAAAGUCGGAAAUAAAUAAACACGACAAUUAAAUUCCCGUGUUGUGACAAAAUCAAAUAAUAUUUUAUAAAUGAGAACUGAUGUUAGUUAUAAGAAUUAAAUUUCAGGCGGAUAAUGUAAAACAUACUGUAUUUUCAAACGAUGUUAACGUGAAUAUGUGAUGUGGCGUCCUAGUCCACUAUGUAUAAUCUAAACACAUAUUUCUAUUUUAUGAAUAGGAUAUUUUCUUGGAGUGUGUACUAUUUGUCCUUUUAAAAUCCGUUCUACGAGGUAGAAUAAAAAGUGCCAUAGAAACCAAUUCUUGAGGCAUUAUCGGAAAUGCCGUCACCAGCGAAUAAAGUACAUUUGUUCUAGUUUUGUAGUCAGACUAUGCCUUGUUGUCCAGGCAGUUUAGCAAAGUCCCGUUCGUUUAGAGAUAUGUCUUACUUUGGAUAUUAGUAGUAGUAGUAACUUCGAACGAUUGUCAAAAACCGGCAAGCGAGGAAAGUGAAUCUUGAGUUUUGGUAUUCUGGUAAUAUCCAGGAUGUAAGUUUUUGUUAAAAUGAUUGUGGAUGCGGCCAUAGCGUUAAGAUGGUAUUUCUCUACUGGAAUGAUCUUGUUUAUCCCGUGGAUGGAUAAGAUGGCUAUAACAGUCCACUCCUGAAUUGGAAAUAUUCAGCUGAUAAUCGUUUCAGACGCAUGAGUGUAAAUUGCGGAUCACUUGUGAGAAAUUAUGUAAACCACUGAGUGAGGUUGAGAGAUUUAUGUUUUUACCAUUAAGAGAUUCAUUCUGGUAUGAAGGAAAGCCGGUAAACGUUAUAUUCAUUUGACGAACCUUGGCCUCUCGCUGGCUUUAAACUCCCGGGUCGGGUGUGGGGUUUGCUAGUUUGGGUAAAAUGCAGUUCGGAACUAUUCUCGUAAGGAGACUCCUUGUAAUAAGACAAAUGACAUUGAGUUUGAAACACCAUCCACCACACUGCACCAUGCGGCUGACAAAUUUAACCACUUGGCUAUUCUCAUACCCGACCGGGACUGUUAACUGCGCGAGAGGCCAUGGGCCCGUGGUUCGACAUACAAUAGAGUCGUUUCAUCGGCUUUCUUUUCCCGAAAUUAAUGUCUGAAUGCAAAAAAUCGAAAUCUUCCGACAUCGCUGGUUGGUGCACUUAACCAAUUGCACUGCUUCACCUUUUGUGUUUAUGUAUUUGGAAUGAUUCCUAGGCUAGCUUUUCCCACGCCAGGAGUUGGCUGGUAUUUGCGGUAUCCCUGCCGCGGUUAAACAAGAAGAUUCUAGUACCGAUAAAGUGACUUUAGUGAUAACUUGACUUGAUAGUUCAAACCAGUUCACUCAGCUUGACUAAUAUGGUACAGGCUUUGUCUUCAUUAAAUUGAGAGUACAUUAUUUAUAACACAGGAAUUAGAUGAAUUGGAUUGACUUGGCUCUAGCGAAUGAGAUUCCAAAUUGUUUGUACAUAGAUACCAAAAUGAUAUAAAGUUCACAGUUUAUGUAUAUAUGGGACUAUUAAACUUAUCCUGAAUAUUUGGCGUUUUAUAGUGUAAUAUUUUUCGGGGUUUGCCUUUCUAUAGUUUGUAAAUUUCAAACUGCUCGGAAUGACUUGGAAGUUUCCGAUUUUUCAGGACAAGUUGAAAUUAGACUUAUUGCGGAAUAGAAUUAUGCAAGGCAUUUGAAAAUUAUCCGGAUUAUUGGAAAAUUCUUAUUCUUAUAUAUUUGUGAACAAUAUAUUUCCUUGAUCAUUCACAAUAAUUUUUAUUGGCUCACUGAUUUAUUAGUACCUAUUUAUCACAUAUUUAUGUAUAUUAAUAAUAUAUAAUAUAAAUGUAGUUCUAUUAAAUUUAUACUAUAUCAAAUCAGAGAUUUUAUUAUGCAAAAAAAUGUGGAAAAAAAUUGAUAUUCAGAAAAUGAUACAACAACAUAAGGUUCUUCAUUGCAAAAUAAGUUCAUAGUUCAGACACCAAAAUGACCAAAAAAUUCUGUCAUAUUUGUAGCAAAACGUGUUCGCAGAAGCACGGUGGAUUCAUUGAGGAUCAUAGAUAACUGUACAUGCAUUGAGAUUUUGUGAGUGCAAACUAUAAUCACGAAUUCUCUUUUAGCGAAUGAGUAAGCCGAUUUCACGUAUUCAUGAUCCGCUAUUUACUUAGACGAUGUGUGGACAUUCUGCUGUCAUACCAUUUUGGGAUAUACAGUAUAUAUAAUCUCAAUUUGUUGAUAUUAAAGACCCUAAAAAUAAUAUUUAUAUAGAAAUAUAUUAAUUAAAGAAAUCAUUAACGAUAGCAUUAAUUUUAAAUAUAAAUAGGGACUUGUUGGGAAUAUUGCCUUACAUAUUAUUGUUUCUUGAUAUCUUAUUAUUUUAUUGUUUUUGUAAAAAGUGUAUAUCAAAUUUUUAAUGGUGAACUACAAACUUGCUAUCAUUGAUUCGGAUUAAUGCAAAACAUGGUCUUUCGAUAGAUCGUGAGACAC